AUGGAUGGGGACAAAAUUCAAAGAGCAGAUCUUUCUAGGGCUGAAAAUGAUGAGUUGACACCUCUCCAUGCAGCAGCAUCCGAUGGCCACCUUGAGAAGGUACAGGUUCUCAUUGGCCACGGAGCAGAUCUAAAUAGUGUGGAUAAAUUUGGCUUGACACCUCUCUAUGCAGCAUCAUUCAAUGGUCACCUCGAUAUUGUAAAGUUUCUCAUUAGCCAAGGAGCAGAUCUUAAAAAGGCGGAUCAAGAUGGCAGGACACCUCUCUUCGCGGCAUCAUUCAAUGGUCAUCUUGAUGUUGUACAGUUUCUCAUUGGCAACCAAGGGGCAGAUCUGAAUAGAGUUGGUCGAGAUGGCAGCACACCUCUAGAAGUGGCAUCACUCAAUGGUCACCUCGAUGUUCAGUUUCUUAUUGGCCAAGGAGCAGAUCUGAAUAAGCUUGGUCGAGAUGGCAGCACACCUCUAGAAGUGGCAUCAAUGAAAGGUCACGUCGAUGUUGUACAGUUUCUCAUUGGCCAACAAGCAGAUUUAAAUAGGGCUGGUAACGAUGGCAGCACACCUCUAGAAGCGGCAUCACUCAAAGGUCAUCUCGAUGUUGUACAAUUUCUCAUUGGCCGAGGAGCAGAUCUAAAUAGUGCUGGUAUUGGUGGGCGCACACCUCUCCAAGCGGCAUCAUUCAAGGGUCACCUCAAUGUUAUACAAUUUGUUAUUGGUCAAGGAGCAGAUGUAAAUAAGGUUGGUCGAGAUGGCAGCACACCUCUAGAAGUAGCAUCACUCAAAGGUCAGCUCGAUGUUGUACAGUUUCUCAUUGCCAAAGGAGCAGAUCUAAAUAUGGCUGGUAUUGGUGGUCACACACCUCUCCAAGCGGCAUCAUUCAAUGAUCCAGCCAGGGGUGUCGAAAAACAGGUGGAUAACGAAGCAAACGUGCAGACCUCAAAACUCAAACAGCUUAACUUAGACUCUUCAUCUUCUGGACAGGUCGUAGAAGAUGUUAUUCGUGAUUCCAUGGAGGCAUCCGAUCAGCAACCAGGCUCGAUUCGCAUCGAGAAGUAUGGCAUUGAAGUCCAGUUUCAUCCAAGUGAGAUUUGGGGCGUUGAUGACAUCCAGGCAGUACCUGAAGUUCCAGCUGAACUGGCAGACUUGUUAACAGAGGACCAAGCAAUCAUUUGUAAACAACAGGAAACUCUGUUUCAUAAAUCACUUGAGGUCAAUGUACGGUUCGUCGUUAACACUUCAGCCGCUGACCAAUCUAAAGUCUUCGUUCAGUUCAUCUUGGAACAAAGCGCAAAGAUAGAAAUUAUUUGUCCGAUGAAUCUGUCAGGGGACCACGUGACACCAAGGGCAAAAGGAACUCAAAAGCCUACCGACUCAACAGAAGUAACAGAUAUGCAUUUGCUAAGAAUCUCACAGGAACUCCUUCCGGCUCAUUUCUCUGCUCUGCACCUUACUCUGGGGAUCAAACCAAGUAUUGCACAAGGUAUCCUAACGCAGAAGAUAAAUGACUAUCCAGAUACAUACAUGCACCUUCUGCAGCUGUGGAAGACAGAAUCCCAUAGGACCCUGAGAGACCUAGACCAGGUUCUUGUUGAGUCUAAGGCUGGUGGUCUUAAAUCCAAGUAUAAACAAGAGCAAAAGUAG